UUGUACUAUGUUUGACACUGUUUGGAAUAAUAUUCCUUUCGUUAGUCUUCUGUCUUCUUGUUGCGACUUGGAAGGGUUUGGUGUUCUAGUGCUCAGUUAUACGCGGUUGUAUCAAGAAAAAUCAGCUUUUUCAAGUUUUAACAUCUGGCGACGGGUUAUUGUAUCAAUAUGUCACUUACCUUGGAACAAUUUGAAGCCUUAUUGGAACGCCAAGAAUAGUUCCAGAUGCGCAUGUUAGAGAUGUUAACGCAGAAAAUGAACCUGGAUCAAAAAGAAGUUACAGAUGAUCCCUUCAAAUCUCAUGUUGACCAGAUUGUUAAUUCUAUCCAUGAAUUUAAUUUUGAUGGUUCAGCUGGCAUUACUUUUGAAACUUGGUUCAAGAAAUAUGAAGAUUUGUUCAAGGUCGACCUCAAAAAACUUGAUGACGCCGCUAAGGUCAGAAUACUCUUGCGAAAACUUGGAACUGUUGAACAUGAACGUUACAGUAACUUUAUCCUUCCAAAGAAUCCAAGAGAUUUUUCUUUUGAUGCAACGAUUGAAAUUUUGUCGCAAAUCUUUGCUGAACAGUCAUCCUUGUUUAAUAUUCGUUAUCAAUGUCUCAAGAUGACAAAAGCAGCUGAUGAUGACUGGGUGAAACAUGCGGGUUUAGUAAACCGUGAAUGUGAGCGUUUCAAACUAUCUGCAAUGACAGAAGACCAGUUUAAGUGUCUCGUAUUUGUGUGCAGCCUCCAAUCUCCUGAAGAUGCCGAUAUUAGAACUAGAAUUUUGAGUAAAAUUGAACAAUGUCCGAAUAUGACACUACAAGAAGUAACGGCAGAGUGCCAGAGAUUGGUGAACCUAAAGCAUGACACUUCGAUGGUCGAAAAUAAUGGCCAGUUGCCAUACGUUCGUGCUGUAAGCGGAAAGAAUGAUUCUUGCUCAAGAAAGGCAUCGCACACAGAUAAUCAGCCUUCAUCUCCAUGUUGGUCUUGUGGUGGUUGGCAUUAUAAAAGGUUCUGUCCAUAUAAAGAACAUUGUUGUAGCAAGUGUCAUCGCAAGGGACAUAAAGAAAACUGCUGCAGAAAAAGAACCCAUAAACGACAUUCUUUGAAACCCUACUCGAAGAAAUACAGAUUUAGUGCUCGAACUAACAAAAUAUUGGUAUCACAUAAUCGAGCACGAAUUUGCCGCCAAAGAAAGUAUGUAAACGUGGAUAUAAAUAAAAAGCGUGCCCGCCUGCAACUCGACACCGCUUCUGACAUCACACUUAUUAGUCGGAGAACUUGGAGUCUUAUCGGUAAACCACAGGUGCUCCCAACAACCCAGUUAGCUGGCAGCGCAUCUGGAGGAAAACUAAAUAUUGUUGGAGAGGUUUGUUGUACAGUUUCGAAAGGAAAUGCGAAAACGAAUGCAACUUUAUAUCUUACACAGAAUCCAGGACUAGAUUUGCUAGGUCUAGACUUGAUAGAAGCACUUCAAUUAGCAAAUCACCCCAUUAACCACAUAUGCAGCGCAGUGAGAACCAGUAAACCUGUGGAAAAGGAUCUGAAGAGUGUUGUAUUGGAAAGACACAGUCAAGUGUUUACGGAAGAGUUGGGGGAAUGCAAAAAGGUUAAAGCACUAUUGAUUCUUAAACCGGGAGUCACCCCCGUCUUCAGACCAAAACGUCCGGUACCCUAUGCAGCACUACCUAUUGUUGAACAAGAAUUAGAGCGUCUGCAAAUAAGUGGAAUAAUCGAACCAGUAAACUUUUCUGAUUGGGCAGCUCCAAUAGUGGUUGUUAAAAAGCCUAAUGGAAGUAUCCGGCUAUGUGCAGAUUAUUCGACUGGAUUAAAUGAAGCGCUUGAAGCCCAUCAAUACCCAUUGCCGGUACCAGAGGAUUUAUUUGCGAAACUGAAUGGGGAUUCCGGUAGCGGAUGAGUGUAAGCAUUACUUGACAAUAAACACUCACAAGGGAUUGUUCCGAUAUAACCGACUUCCUUUUGGAGUAAAGACUGCCCCUUCAAUCUUCCAACAAGUUAUGGACACUAUGUUACAAGACAUUCCUGGUACCGCGGCUUAUCUCGAUGAUAUAUUGAUCAUGGGUACAGACUAUGCUGAUUUAGAGAAUAAGGUGGAUACG